AUGACCUUGGCUCGAAGAUAUUCAGUACGUUAUUAUUUCCUCCGCCAGAGCGUCGCUUUGAUUUUCGUUGCCGGCUUUCCGCUGCACGUCAUGGCGACAAAUGCACCUCUUUUGGGCAAUCAGGGUAAGAAGGGCCACUCGAAGGCCUCGAUCUUCUACGGAGCGGACGAAUACUUAUCGGAGCUUAGGAAGAAGUACGCCCAUGACCACGAGAUUGCUGCGAUGAAGAACUUGCUUCCGGGUGAGGCUGACCCCAACGCUGCAGGUGUUGCGCAGAGCCAGGAUAAGAUGCUGACGGUCCAAAAGAACGAUGCGAACAGGAGCUUGAAGACCAACCGUUUGUUCCCAACGGCCAACAAGCCAGAUCCGAUGCCCCAGAACUUGGCCUUUCUGUUCACGAAGAUCACUCCAGAGCAGAUGAUGUACAUGUGGAACGUCCUGACAGCCAUUUUCGUUGCGCAAGUUCUCAUGGUAGUCGCUUACUGUGGCGCCCUGGCGACGUUCCCCGAGUAUUGGUGGACUUGUACGUUGUUCUUCGGGAUCCCCUUCUCCUACAUUGCCAUUCAGCAAAUCUACAUAGAUCAUGACGUGAUGCAUGGGGCGACCUUCCCCGUUUAUGAUUGGCAGAAGUUCCUGACGCAUCCUUUUGCGGACUUUUUCUCCUUGCCAUGGGAGGAGUUUGUUUUGGAGCACAAUCGCCAUCAUGCAAGCACUGUGGACCUGUUGAUCCAGGGUGAAUUUGGUUGGGAUCCCGAGGAGUUCCAUUAUGCCUUGCAGCAGUGGGCGGGGCCUUUCAGCACAAAUUGGUACAAGUACAUCCUUACUGUGCCAUGGAUCCCUAUCAUUCACUUUUUUGGCCUCAACGACACCGGCUCCCUCUUUGCUUUGGAGUGGUGGAUGCAUUUCCCUGAUGAGGGUGCGGGUGGCAAGUGCAACAAAGACUUCUGGCAAAAAUGGAUUCCAAGACGUGUGUACCACAAUGCCUUCGUGCUGUCCUUGUGGGCCUUCGUGUGGCUCUUGGGCACCUAUCCAUUGGGUAGGCCAUUGAGCGAGGGAUGGAGGUUCAUGUUCACCGUGUCCUUCUUUGCUCGCAUCGGCUUCUCUGCCGCGUGGAUGUUCAUCACGAACUUCACCCAUUCACUUCCUUGGAACGAGUUCUUGGCACAGGACCCAGGCCGCACCUGGCCGGUGCUUCACAACGUUAUGGCUUUGGUGUUAGGUGGCAAGCACCGCUGGAAUGAGAUGUUGUUCCACGAUGUUCACCAUGCUUUCCCCAAUGCUGUGGGUACGUUGAGCCAGCGUGGGCGUUUCCAUGGUUGGGAGAAGGUGCAUGAUGCUGCGGCUGAAGUCUUGCACCGUGGCCUUUGGAAGCCCAACGGUGAUGAGGAGACACAGAUGCAGAAGACGCAGAAGAAGCGUCUCACGAAGAGAAACUCCUUCAUUAGUUGGGAGCUCAACUGUGCGAGGAACGUUCUUUCGCAGUGGGCGGAGCGGGUGGUGGCAGUCUUUCUAUUGGGGAGGGCCCGAUCCGACAAUUUGAGGAUGCAGGUGGGCUUCACGGAUCGCGAGCGGCUUCUGGGUGACAGUGCAUUGGCACUGGUCAAGUCGAACGCCAAGCUCAUUCUAGGCUUUGGUUUGCCCUUUGCAGUCAACUACAAGGGCGAGCCGCGACAGAUGUCAGCCAUUCAGGUCACCGCCAUGUUCCUGACGAAGCUGAGGGAUGUCACUGAGAAGUGGACCACCAACAAGGUAGCUGACUGCGUGAUUGGAGUGCCCUCCUAUUACUCAGACGUGCACCGACAGGCGUUGCUGGAUGCGGCGAAGAUUGCCGGUAUUCCAGUCCUCCGCCUCAUGAACGAGCAUACAGCCACUGCGCUGGCCUACGGCAUUUACAGGUCAAACGACUUUGAUGCCGAGAAGCCAUGCACCGUAGCCUUUUGCAACAUGGGCCACACCAUGUUCUCAGUCUCCAUUGUGCAGUUUGUGAAGGGGAAACUCACAGUGAUUUGUGAGAAGGCCGACAAGGUUGGUGGCAGGACAAUGACCGAAUGCCUCAUGAGAGAAUUCGCAGCACAAUUCAAGAAGAAAGUGGGCUGCGAUCCUUUGACCAAUAAGAAGGCUGCCUUCAAGUUGGAGGAACAGGUGACAAAGACCAAGAAGAUCCUGUCUGCAAACAUGGAGGCCCAGCUGUCCGUUGAGUGCUUGAUGGAGGAUGAGGAUUUUGGCUCCACCAUCACACGAGAUGCCUUUUUGGAGAUGUGCCAGCCCAUGAUGGACAGGGUCAAUGCAGUGCUGGAGGGUGCCAAGGUCGCAGCUGCAGCAGCAGGCAUCAGUGUGGAACAGAUUGACUUCGUCGAGAUGGUGGGUGGCGCCUCUCGAGUGCCCUGGGUGAAGGAGUAUUGCUCCAAAGCCUUUGGUGGCAAGGAGCUCUCCACCACGAUGAACGCAGACGAGUCCGUGGCUCGUGGAUGUGCCCUGCAGGCUGCGAUGCUGUCGCCCCUCUACAAGGCAGCACGGGGCACGGGGCCCCGAGCGAUUGUGCGGGACUUCACAGUGGUGGACUGCACGCCACAUCCUGUGACUAUCGGUUGGAUGGGAUCUUCAGCAGAUGCCGAAGCAGAGAAGAAGGCCGAUGCCACGCGCGGCGAGUACAAGACCAUGACGGUCUUCCCGAAGAACAGUCUCAUGAACACCGUGAAGAUGCUCACCUUCUAUCGCAAGGGCCCCUUCGACUUGAAACUGGAGUACGAAGACACCUCUGCGUUGGUGCCAGGCUGCGCGAAGGUCCUAGGCAACUUCAAGGUAGAUUUGCCAGCAUCGGCAGACAGCAAGAAGAUCAAAGUCAAGGCUAAGCUGUCUUUGAAUGGCACCUUCGGCAUCGAGGGUGCCCAGAUGCUGGAGGAAGAGGAAUACGAGGAGGUGCAUUGUGGAAUUGAAAGCUUGCAACAUGGCACUCCAACCAUACUUCAAACGCUCGAUGGGAAGGGUUUCAGUUAUGGCGACUGUGGAAGAUCUCAUGUCGAGGAGAAAGUCAAGGAGAAGAAAGAGAUCGAGGUGCCGGCUGAGGAGAAGGAAGAGGCCAAAGCUGAGUCUCCCAAGGAAGAGAAACCUGAGUCUCCCAAGGGCGAAGCAGCACCAGAGGGAGAGGCUGAGAAGAAGGAGGAGUCACCAAAGAAGGAACCAGAAAAGAAGGUUGAAUGGGUUGAAGUCAUCAAAAAGAAGAAGCGCACCAAGCGCACUGACAUCAACAUCAUGUCCAGCGACAUCUGUGGCCUUUCAGAGAAGACAUUGCAAAAACAGCAGGACGAAGAGACGGCGAUGCAAGCUGACAUGAAGGAAAUCAUCGAAACCGAUGAGAAGAGAAAUGACCUCGAGUCCUACAUUCUGACCAUGCGGGACAAGUGUAGCGAGGGUGGCCAGUACGGACCAUUCAUUAGCUCUGGAGAUCGUGAAAAGCUGGAGUCGGAGCUCAUGAAAGCAGAGGACUGGCUGUAUGACAACAUGGAGGCUACCAAGGUUCAGUACAUCGAGAUGAAGUUGGACGAACUCAAGAAGCUUGGGGAUGGGCCCGUCUUCCGAUUCAAGGAGGACGAGGUGCGAGAAGAUUGGGUGAAUGCCGUGAAGGGCACCAUCAAAAACUACUACGAAGCCGCCAAGAACCCUGGCGAGACGUACGGCCACAUCUCUCCGGACAAGCUAAGCAAUAUCAUCAAGGAGUGCGACUCCUUAACAGCUUGGCUCAACGAGAUGCAGGCCAAACAAGUUGCCACCCCCAAGCAUGAGAAGCCUCCACUGAAUCUGGGCUUUGAUUAUUUUUUUGUGCUGACUAUAGCUGUCAAAAAUCUUAAGCGGAGGCGAACACGGAUUGACACACGUGUAUAUAGGUGGAAAUAGCCCUUCUGGAGCAGACCUUUGACUCGUAUACAACUCCGUGGGUUGGGUUAAAUCUUGUUUGAGGUUUCGUUCUUCGUUCUUGGGCGUUCGCUCCUUCGUUUGUGUCGCUUGUUGAUGAACCUGGAUGCCCAAUCAUUGUGGAUCAAGCGGCUGGAACCUGCUCAGCCGCAGCGACACCGAACCGCACCUGCACAGCAGGUGACACAGAUUUGAUUUGGC